CUAUGAAAAAAAUGUCAGUUGUCAUUUCACUUCGAUUAUUUUGUUUCGUCACGUUUUAUUCUUUUAAUUCAAAAUAAUUUUAAUUCCACCUCGCAUAUCUCCAGCAGCUGUUACACGGAGUUCCUACAUUAUUAGAAUACUCAAAGACAAUAUAUCAAGUAAUUUGUAGAGUCGAAGCAUAGAACAAUGGAAAGUCCUGCUCACAGCAAUAAUAAAAACGUGUCGCUAAGUUUGAUCGCGGAGUACGGCGCUUCGGACUCGGACUCGGACGAUACAGAAACUCGGUCGAAUGAGUACACGGGGAAUGAGGACUCGGACGCCCCGGAACUCAGUGAGAUGGUGUUGAAAAACAAUAUAAUCAAUGCUUGCGCCCACGGGCCGCUGUCAAGGCCGAAGGCUCGCGAGGUCGAACAGACGACGCGGCAUAUGAUCAUUGACAGCUCGGAGAGUGGUGUGGUGGAGUACGAGGUGACGGAGUAUCGCGACCUCGACACAGAGUCAGAGUCGAGCUCGUCCAGCGACUCCAGCGACAGUGAAGUAGACUCGGUGAAAGAUGUCGAAGAGGCUUCUAGUAGCGGUGAUGAAUUGGAGCCUGGCGGGAAAACCAAGAUUAAACCGCUGAAAGUGACAGGGGAGCUUGGUCUGGACGAGUUGCCGCCCAUCGAGGAUCUUGCCAUCAGUCUGCCGGCGCAGGAGUGCACUAGAAUAGGCACAAUCACAAGCAUCGUUGAACGAUUAGUUGUGGUGCGGGCGCUGCCAGCCACCCCCGCAGUAGACAUAGACACGGUACUGUUCGUGGACAACGGCGCCAAGGCACUGGGGAAGGUGUUCGAUGUCUUUGGACCCGUGACGGAGCCGUACUACUGCGUGCGGUUCAACUCGCAGGAGCACGUGAAGGAGCGCGGCGUGCAGACCGGCAUGGACGUCUACAUCGCGCCCAACGCGCAACACACCAGCUACGUCUUCCUCUCUGAUCUCAUGAAAUUAAAAGGCUCGGACGCGUCGUGGUUGAACGAUGUAGAACCACCGUCCAACCACGUGGACUACUCCGACGACGAGGAGGAACGCAAAGCGAACAGGCUGAGGAAGGAGAAGGCGUGUCAGAACGCCGAGAACAGCGAGAACGACGACUCGCCCUCCCGCGGCACCAGGAAGCCGGAGCGCCGCGGCACUCGGCCCUCAGAGUCCAGCAGCCGCUUCGGCAGCGGACCCAGCCGCGCCAGGAACCCCUUCAGCCUGGGGUCGCGCCGCUCCGGGCCCAACUUCUUCCCGCGGUUCGCGCGGCCCUGGGGCCCGCCGAUGGACCUGCGCACGCCGCCGCCUCACCCCAGCGACCCCGCCGGCUACGGACCCUACAGCGCCCCGCCCUUCGCGUCCAACGGCGCCAGGUUCCUGCCUCCAUUCAACCCGUCGACGCCGCCGCCCUUCCAGAUGUUCCAGUUCGGGAACGGCCCAAGGAUCCACAACCCCGCCGUGAUGGGUGUCAUGCCCCCCCUGCGCCACAAUGCGCCGGUGUUCGGCUCGAACUUCUGCAACGGCGCCGGCCCCCACCCCCAGUGGGCCAACAACGCCACACCACCGCCGCCCGGAACCUAAAUGCUUAUGUUUAAGGCUUAGCUCAUAAAUAGUUUAUAGUUAUGUUAGUAAUUGUUUUACGAUACUAAAGUGUGGUUAUCCAAAAAUAAACUUAUAUUUAUAUUUAAAUAAAUGAUUAUGAUACCUCCCCAUCUGUUAAUUUUAUGUCAAAGAUGUUCGAUUGUAAAGGCAUGGCCACACGUUCAUAUCAAAUUAAUUAAUUCACUGUUUAUGUUCUACAGUCUAUGAGUUAAAAAAAGCUUGUUUAAAAAAUUAUAAUAUUGAAUGUGGACGCGCCAUCAAAAAUAUAGUAUCAUUUCGAAGUAGGGUUCGGUAUCCAUUUUACUACUAGUCGCUCUUUGUUCCAUUCAGAUAUUUGUAUAUAGAUGUUCAGAUUAUUCCAUGAUAUUGUUAUAAUGAUUUCAUUGUGAAUCGUAUUGCCGUGAAAAUUAAGCUUAUUGUUGUAUGCACCAACAAAGAUAUUGUUGCUAAUUGAUAAUAUUAGCGAGUGUAGCUAACUAGUAGCUAUUUUGGAGUCUUUACGCAAGAUUUUAUAUGCGCAGGCGAUGCGCGUUUAUCGCGAUAAAUAUUACCACUCAUCCACAAUCUAUCUGUCAAGUAAUCUGUGCUAAAGUGUGGACAACUACUUAACUAUCCAUUAUAUUUUGCUGAUAUAGUCCUAUGCGCAUCUUACCGUUUCCGAAAGGUGCUGCGUCUGCGCAUAUAAAACGUCAGUGUGUAAAAUCCUUACAAAUGUAACGCGCGCCAGUCUUGUCCUCGAUGGACUCGCGAGUGGAGCGUAACUUAGUCCAGCAACUUAGUUAAUGCCUGCAUUUGUUACAACAUUCAAUAUCUUAUGUCAAUAAUGAAUUUACCAAUUUGUUGUCUGUCUUCUAUGUCUUUAUUAUACUUAAAGUAUAAAGGGUA